CAGAAAUUGAAUAAUGGCGGAGAGCCUGAAAGUCGACGAUGCUUUGCAAACUGCUCAGGAAGUCGUGGACAGACUGUACGAAUUUAGAGACCACUACUUCGAAAAGAACGAUUUAGCUAGAGCAAUUCACAAAACCAAAGAUGUUGAAAAGGAAAUGGAAAGAGCUCUUGGAAUUCUAAACAAUUUGCAAGACAAAGUUACUAACAAAGCUACAUACCUUAUGCUACAAGGUAAGACAUUGAAUGUUCUACCUCGGUAUGACCAAGGUGCUGAUGAUGCCCUAUCCAGAGCUGUCAAAUUAGACCCUAAACUUGUGGAAGCUUGGAACCAGCUUGGUGAAUGUUACUGGAAAAAUAAAGAUAUUGAAGGUGCUAAAAACUGUUUUGUCGGAGCAUUAAAUCAUUCAAGAAAUAAGGUAUCGCUUCGAAAUUUAUCAAUGGUGCUCAGACAGUUAGGAUCAUCAGAUGCAGAAGAAAAGAAUAAAAAUGUAAUGGAAAGUGUUGAGAUUGCUAAAGAAGCAGUACAGAUGGACAUUGCAGAUGGUACAUCAUGGUUUAUUCUGGGGAAUGCGUAUUUAUCUCUAUUUUUUUCGACUGGUCAGAAUCCAGCAAUACUUGUACAGUGUUUACGGGCAUACACGCAGGGGGAAAGAGACAGUAUAGCUAAUUCUAAUCCUGAUUUACAUUACAACAGAUCAAUAGCUUAUAAAUACCAAGAAGAGUACCAACUAGCAAUAAUUGGAUUUUCAAGAGCUGCGGCUUUGGAUCCAACUUGGUCUGAACCAAAAGAAAAACUAACACUUUUAUUAGAAUAUUUAUCAAAGGUUACUGAUCUUGUGAAUCAAAAGGGAAAACUGAAGUCUAAGCGAUUAAAACAGCUCAUGAAAUCAAUGAAUGACAAAGAUCUCGGACCUUACGGUGGUGGAUCAUACACCAGUAGUAAAGGUGACACGGUGGAAUUACAACAUGUCACACUAGUACAGUUAAUUCCUGGUGUCAACCACAAGAAAGUUGUACUGGGAAAAGUUGUUUGUAGUGUUGCCAUUGAGGAGCCGAUACCAUUCACCUUCGCCAUGGUUGAUUCUGAAGGUACCUGUUUUGCCGUAACUUUGUAUAACAUUGCCCCAGGCUAUGGUGUUAUUAUUGGAGAUUCUGUAGCUAUACCUGAACCUAAUGCACAGGAAAACAAAGUGGAACAUGAAGGAAAAACCUAUAAGUAUUAUAGUAUUAGAGUUGAAACUCCUAUUGUCAUUGUAGUAAAUGGCAAGAAACUGGGGAUAGACAAACAAGCGCCCUCAGUGCUGGGAGUCAGUGCAAAGAGUGAAUAAAGGGAAACCUGUUUUACAAGCAUCAACCAACAUCAGUACCGAUCUCGACUCACCUACAACCUAACUUCACGUUCAACAAUACUAUUCAACUCAUAAAUUUUCUAUAUACAUGUCAUUUUCUUGAGACAUAUCAGUGAUGCAAAUGGUCAAAUGAAAUGUGGAUUUAUUUUUUUUAAAAAAAGAUAUUUAUUUUUAAGUAUAACUGUAAAUAUUCAGCAGCUGACCACACAAUAUUUUUGUUUGUCUCGCUUGUUAAGGCUUCAUUGUAAUUGGAUGAUUGACUUUUUUAAUUUAUACAAGCUAGUUGAAAUGGGUAUAUUUCAAAAACAAGUUGAAAUAAUUAAAAUAGAAGACAAG